CACUGCAGCAGCACAUUCCCCGCUUUUCCUCUUCGCAGCACCUAUAAUAGCGAACGUCCAGCAAGCAGCGAGCCACAUUCGGCUCCGUAAUUCUCUCAACGCUUGAACACGUGCACAUAUUCGUACCGGUGUUUUAUGAAGAGCAGCAAGCGGACGCCAAAAUCCAAUUGAAUUCCCUGGACUGAGCAAUCGCUGUGCUGAUAAACCAAGGGAUGCAGACUAUAUAGUGCACAGUUGAUGGUCACUCCAUUACCAUGGCAACAGAAGAUAAGAAGCCAGAGACCGACACAAAACCUCCAGUGGCGACCUCAGCAUCUUCCACUCAGAGCAAGUCAGCUCCUGCCAAGCCCAACUACGGAUUGAAGUUUACACUAGCAGGCCACACUAAAGCCGUCUCCUCUGUCAAGUUCAGUCCCAGUGGGGAGUGGCUCGCCAGCUCCUCUGCUGAUAAACUCAUCAAAAUCUGGGGAGCUUAUGAUGGCAAAUUUGAGAAAACCAUUUCUGGACACAAACUUGGCAUAUCCGACGUGGCCUGGUCGUCCGACUCCAACCUCCUGGUGUCUGCGUCUGAUGAUAAGACCUUGAAGAUCUGGGACGUCAGCUCGGGAAAAUGCUUGAAGACCCUGAAAGGUCACAGCAACUACGUGUUCUGCUGUAACUUCAACCCGCAGUCCAAUCUGAUCGUGUCGGGAUCAUUUGACGAGAGUGUGCGAAUAUGGGACGUGAAGACUGGGAAGUGUUUGAAAACAUUGCCCGCUCAUUCGGACCCCGUCUCUGCUGUCCAUUUCAACAGAGAUGGCUCCCUGAUCGUGUCCAGCAGCUACGACGGACUUUGCCGAAUUUGGGACACAGCAUCUGGGCAGUGCUUAAAAACACUCAUAGAUGACGACAACCCUCCUGUGUCAUUUGUCAAGUUUUCUCCCAACGGGAAAUACAUCCUGGCUGCCACGCUUGAUAACACACUGAAGCUCUGGGACUACAGCAAAGGAAAGUGCUUGAAGACGUACACAGGCCAUAAAAAUGAGAAGUACUGCGUAUUUGCCAACUUCUCGGUCACAGGUGGAAAGUGGAUCGUGUCAGGCUCUGAGGACAACAUGGUGUACAUCUGGAACCUGCAGACAAAGGAGAUUGUGCAGAAAUUGCAGGGCCACACAGACGUGGUCAUUUCGACCGCCUGCCACCCGACAGAGAACAUCAUCGCAUCUGCGGCACUAGAAAAUGACAAAACCAUCAAACUUUGGAAAAGCGAUUGCUAAAGCUUGACAUUCAUAUUUCUUCUUUUAGACACUUUUUUUCUAUUUUUUAUAAAUGAAAAAAAAGACUUUUUUUCUUCCCACCGGCGACCUUGUGCAGGAUGCAGAGCUUCCAGGGAAUGAACUUCAGCUAUUAUGUGACAAAUGAAGCCCCAUGGUAAAGAAAAAAACGAAUUAUUAAGCAGUUUGUUCUGCACCACAUGCAUAAUUCAUUCAUUCCACACAGUUUGGUGUCCAGCCAACUCCCCUCACAUAUUUCGUUGUUUAGCAAAAUGGGUGACUUGUUUAAAUAAGUUACUAACGCCAUUUCUAGUGCUUCAGUAUUAUUGGACAGAACUUUUAACCUCAGUGGCAACACGUUUCAAGAGAAUUCGCUCACGGUCUGUACAACAAAGUAAAAGGUUACUACUUUUUGCCUUUUAUGUCUGUGUUAUUGUCCAGUGAUGUCAGGCUUGAUUUUGGUUUUCUAAUAAACAAGAUACCCAUUG